GUUCUGUAACUUUUUUGCCUUUUCCUUGUACAUUUUGGCCAAUUUCUUGGUUCCUGUUUUACAUUCCUGUUUGGCGGCUGUUGGGCUGUAAAAAAGUGAAAUUUCCCUAAGUUUUAAGUUAAUUUUUGCCGUUUUAUUGUUUUGCUGAAAAAAAAAUUAACAAUCGAAUUAGUGACGAGCACGAGAUUUCAUUGGCCAUAAAGUUACGAAAUCAAAUUUUAUUUUUCCUUCGCUUUUCGCCUCUUGAUUGAGUUCGACAUCGAGUGAGUAAACUAAUGUGGGUAUAGUUAUAGUCAGCCUUUCGGUUUGGUCGGCUGCCUGUGUUGGGGUUAGGGAGGGAAAGUUCCUGUUUCCUUCACGCAAGAGUUACAACGGGUCACUUUGUUGUGCGUCACUAUUUUCACGGUUUUUAUCACCGUCACAUAGCAAAUGGCCGUGGAAGAAGGAUUUUUCUUCAAUCAAUCAACUUGGCUAAUAGAAACCAAUAAAGAUUAACAAAUUAUCGAUAGCUGAACUGGAGAGAAUAAAGAAGACCAUCAAAAUCUUCUUUUUUAGGUGGGUUAACGAGAAAAGAAUCGCAUUGCAAAAGGUCGCGAUACUCCAAUUUCUUCUAUUUACCCAACUUCAUUCAUUUUAACCCAACAACCAACCAAUCACCCAGAACAACAACAACAACAAAAAUGUCUACACGUCCGUCUCUACGACGAGUUAAUUAAAACAAACAUUUUUUUAUAUAUUAUAUUAUAUAGUUAUUUGGAAAGAGAGUGAGCAGAGAGAAGCGGAAGAAAAUCAUAAAAGAAAUAAAAAUAAAAAAAAAUUGUUUUGUUUCGCAACGCGGCAAGUGUCAGUCACAGAAUUCCAAUAUAUAUGUACAUAUAUUUUAUUUUUUCUUGCUUCUUUUACUCUUUUGCAAUGAAGGCCAACAUUAUUCAAUGUGAUAAAAAUGCAUAAAUAGAGGGAAACUUAAUAAUUUAUAAACCUAAUUCGCAAUAAGCAGACAACAAACGAUACAACGGAAAACGCAAUUACUUACAAAAUGCUGCAAAACUCAAAUACAAUCCAACCUAAAGUCGUUGUGAUAAGGCGUAGACCAAAUCAGGGAUUUGGUUUUACGUUACGUCACUUCAUAGCUUAUCCACCAGAAGAUGAUCCCUCUUGGCCGGAAACAUCCAAUUCAUACCAAAGAAAAGCAAUGGAAACAAUAUUUAUUAAAGAAGUCCAGACAAGCGGACCAGCAUGUUUUGCAGGCUUACAAACCGGGGAUCGUGUCCUUAUGGUGAAUAACAUUCCGAUAGCUGGGAUCUCGUACAGUUUAAUUGUUUCUAUGAUAAAACAAACACCAUCGGUAUUAACAUUACAUGUUGUUCCGAAGGAAUGUGAUGUUUUACAAAUGCACUAUACAAUAGCACACACACCGGAGUCAAAUCGUUUGGCGAAAUCUGCUGCUAUUGCUUUGCCUGGUAGUGGUGUUGCUUCUGCAUGUUCUGCAACAUCACAUAAAUCCAUUCAUCAACAGAUGAUCUCAUAUCCCGUUGGUUCUAGCCGUUCCAAGCAAAAUACAAAAUCAAUAUUGAGUAGUGAAGACUAUCACGAUUUAGGAGGUCGUUAUAGUCCUUUGCUUAUGCAUGGGGACAAUGCCUUUACACGCUCUAAAGCUCCACCUAUUCUAUCAGUAUUACCGAGAACUGCUGCAGACAAUGACCUAAUGAUCCGGCUGCGAGAAAGUAUCAAGCAGAAGGAAGAAUUUCUCAAGUCACCCCUGCCGCAUACACAGCCGAAUUUUUUCCAUUCCCAACAGCCAAUGACGAUGUCAGCUCGCGGUCAAGUGGCGGCAAAAAUAUCUGCCAAACAACCAAUAACUAGAGAUCUCCUGCCGGCCAGUUGUGAUAUGCAAAAUUUCUAUGCGAAAAAUCUACCACCGAAUUUGGCCGAUAGCAUGAGAACGACCAGCAGCAAUAAUCAUGGUGAUAUUAUGAAAACAACGAUAAUGCGCUAUCGAAAUAUGUCCAGUACUGGUAGCAGCGGGAGCAUGAGUGGUGCAAGCAGCAGUAGUAGUACAAUGAAAGACAAGUUCCACAAAGAAUUGGAAUAUCUGGAAUCCCUACCUGAAAUGGGUGUGACCAAUCAAGUGUUUGAAAGGAAGUUGGUUUCAACAAGAGCGAAAGGAGGAUUCGAUCCAUUCAAGCCAUUGACGAUCAAUACAUGCCUGGACGGUAGUACUAUUAGUGUGCUAAAUAAGCCGGUCCUUUACGAUUCGGUGCAACAAUGUGUGGUAGAUGGACAGCAGAGUAGUAAAAUGGAAGUCUAUAAGGCGAAUGUGGCAUCUGCUGGAAUGGAUGAUUACCAUGUGCCAAAUAAAUACUCUUCUUCUUCGAAAAUUGUGGAAGUUAACCAUCGUACAGAAUCGAAGCAGUCAUUGACUGAUAUAGCAGAAGCUGGCGACAUGCCAAGCAUACCAGCUUCUUCAGAGGUAAUAAGGCGAUAUAAGCCAAUAAAUGUUGAUGAUAAUAAACCGAUGCGUAGGAUAUCAUAUUUGCGGGCCACCAAAAACGAAAACGAAUACAACACAGAUGUGACGACAACAACAGCAAGUGAAGUUUCAGAUGCCGAAAGUAAACGCACAUCGAUAAAUAGUGAAAUACGCGAUAGCAUUCACAUAGAGAAUGUUCCUGAAAUAAAUGGAAAACUGGAAACAAAAGAUGUGGCAACUGAAGUGGAAGUUUUUGAAACCGAAAUGGAAGUCAAAUCGUCGUGCAUCUAUGGAAAGCGAAUGUCAGAAUACCGGUCCUGGAGACAGGUUAAAAUCGAAAUCAAAGGUGAUAUCCUAAAAAUAUACUCAGGUCGCAGUUCUAAAUCGGAAACAAAUGUGAUAGAACUUGAUGUUAGACAAUUUAACAUCGUCGACGAAUCGGCUGAUAAGAAAAAAUAUGUAUUCCGCCUGCAAUCUAAGCCUCGAGUACAAAACAAUCUAACAACUUCUUCUUCAUCAUCAUCAUCAGCAUCGGUACCAGCAUCAGGAAAUACCGAUUUGCUAUAUGAUGAAUCCCAAGAAAAACUAUCCUCCUCUUCUUCUUCGACAGCGGCAAAUAAUUCCGAACACACAGAAAUUGUGUUCAAAACAAAAAGUGCUACGGAGAUGAAACGCAUUUUCAAUUUACUCCAAGAAAAGUGUAAUCUGAAUAAUAGCGAUACCGAUCUCAAAGAAAAGCAAUUAGCUGAGCCGCAAAAAACUGCAGCUACAACAUCAAUGCCAACAAUAACGUACUGUGAUGAUAACGUACAACAAACGCAACCACAACAACAACAACAAGAGUAUUCACCUCAAAGUUCAACUUCUCGCGGUGGUGAUAUCGAAAUUGAAUCGAUAUCUCCCGUAAUGAAAUCAAGAAAAUCCCAACACAAGAACCUUCCCGAUAAGGAUUUAGGUUCGCCAAAGGCGAAAAACUGGAAGGAUUUACUCUUUCGACGGAACCAUGGCACUAGUGCUGAUAUUUCACCAUCAACCCUGUCGUCGAGUUCCAAAACAACUGGUUCUAUUGGAGUGCCUCUAAGAACGUGUCCAAUGUCUAAGAGCAACGAAUACGUCCCACUUAUCGUAGAUGUCUGCACAAACAUUGUCGAGACGAAGGGUCUAAGCGUAAUCGGAAUUUACAGAAUACCAGGCAACAAAGCUGCCAUUUCCGAGCUUAAGGAUCAAGUGAAUAAAACUGAUUUCUCAUGGGAUCGUUGCAACACCGACGUUAGGUGGGAAGAUGUGAAUGUUGUAUCGAGUCUGUUGAAAUUGUUCAUUCGAAGUCUGCCCGAUGCAUUGCUGCCAAGUAAUUUUUACAACCACUUCAUCGAAGCUGAUAAAAAAAUAGGUUUACUUCGAUUGCGCGAGUUGAAAGAUUUGUUACGAUCGCUGCCACGUAAUUCCUAUGAAACAAUGAAGCAUUUGAUUAGACAUUUAAGUCGUGUAAGUAAGAAUUGUCACAUAAAUCUGAUGGAGCCGAAGAAUUUGGCCAUUAUCUUUGGCCCAUCGAUAAUACGAACUCCCAAUGAAACACUAGAAAUCGCAGUCAAGGAUAUGAAACAUCAGUGUAGAAUCGUUGAGCUUUUGCUGACGCAGUAUGACUACUUUUUUGAGGAUGGUGAACUACCAGAGAUCGAAGCUAAUGUAGCCAGUAUAACUUCCUCGUCGACGUCAUCGUCACAUCAGGAUCAAACAAGCCUCCUGCUGGAUAAUGUUUCAAAAAUCGAACGUCUCAACGACCGAGAAUCCCUUACUUCUCGGCUUAUUCCUCAUCUCCGGCGGCGAACACAUUCAAAACGAAGUGCCGUCAGCUCUGACACGUACUCGGGUGAAAGUGUUUUGUCUCUGGAAUAUGUCAACAAGAAGACAUCAGAUUCUCCGCCUGCUGCAAGCACACCCACCUCCAAGGAACAGCAGUCAAUUGAGAAUGUCAGCAAAGAGCGUAUUGGUGUGGACAAUAUUUCAAUUUUGACAGAUGAGGAAUCCAGCAACAGUCGCAUUAGUGAUAGUGGUUCAAUGUCGUUGACAACAAUCACCGACACAUUGGAUUCAAAACUUCGAAAUCUUCGCAGUGGCUCUGAGUCGAAUGAUGAAAACGGUAGUCCGAACCGCCAACGCGACAACUUUGCACGACGGCACCUUUGCGGCCAGCCAUUGAUUUUACACGAGAACAUUCCCUAUGCGGAUGAGUCGCCCGAACGACAUCAUCACAACGAAAUGACAAAUUUUAAGACUUUCGCCUCGCGAAAUAGCGCCAUUGUGCGUGAUUUUCCCAAAAACAUUCGUUUUUCUUCUGUUUACGAAGCAGCAUGUUCGGAUGACUCUGAAGGUUCCACCACCAGUGACCCCAAAGAGGCGUUGAUCAUUUCGUCGCCGUCGUUUUUUCUCGAGCGCUACAAGAAACGACGUGAUCACCGGCUCUUUCGUUCUGCCUCCUUCAAUUGCCGAAACUACUCGAACCGUAGCGCAGCAGGAGGAGGAGGAGUCGGCGGUGGUGGUGGAGGAGGAGGAGGUGGAGGAGGCGGUGGCGGCACCGUAGGUUGCAAUAAUUCCGCACUAACUAAAGAUGAAAAGACUGAUAUGAAUUUGACGAAAAAGCGACAAAUCCAGAAUAAACAGAAUCGCUCCAUAAAGCGACGGCAUACGGUGGGUGGACCGCACGACUAUACCGCAACCACAGUGGUAAGGCGAGCUGCUGUCCCUCCAUCGCAGCUGGCUUCUGGUGCAGUUGUAGUGCCUUCAAAUGGCAGUGGCAAUAAUGUUGCCGAUCAUGUUUUAGAAGUAGGAAUUCGAAUAAAGAAUGUAAAUAGAAGAUACUGAUGUUAAAGGCGAAGCACAUACAAAAAAGCAGCUAAUUUAUAUAUAUAUAUAUUUUUUAUUCAUGGAUAAACAAACAGAUCAGAAGUAAAAUACAUGAAGCAACAAUUUUAUAUUUCUAUACGCAAAAUAAAUAAGAUCGCAGCACGCAUAAUUAAUUUUUUUACAAUAUUUUUCAAUAAUUAAUAUCUGCAUGCAAAAAGAAAAAACACAAAUAAUUACAAUAUUAUAAUUCAUACAUUACAAACAAAAUAUUAUGAAACCACACAAAACAACUGAGUAGAUGCGCAUGAAUGUUUAAAUGAGAAUAGUAUUUAUAUAAACAUAUAUAUUUGUAUUUUAAUAUUAAAUUGUGUUUAAUUGAAUAAUGUAGUAUUCAAUGCUGUAGCACAAGUUUGCGAUAUAUAAUGCUUUUAUUAUAUAUAUGUCUCUUUAUACAUAGCUAUAUUUUUUUAAAUGUUUUUGUUUUACAUAUAUUUUUAUUUUUAUUUGAUUUUAUUAUUAUUAUUUUAUUAAUUGUAUUAUUCUAAAUAUAUAUAAAUAUAUAUAUAAUAUUAAUAUUGAUUAUAUAUUAAAUAUACAAUGUUGCAUGUGAGAUAAAAUAAAAAAAAAAUAAAUGAGGUUUAAAAUUAUGUAACAAAAAUAUUUUGUAUUAAAAUUUAAAAUAAAAAGUGUUUAGGAAAGAUAAAACAAAUAUACAGGCAUGUAGAGAAGUAAAUAUUAAAUAAGAAAAA